GUAACUAAGUUUCAGGUCCUGAUGCUGAUCCCCCCUCUCUCUCUAUCAUUAUACUGUACAUGUACACUUGAGGAAAGAAGGGUAGAAUGACUAGAAUCAGAAGUGACAGAGCAAUAUACAUGUAGCCAGAGGAUUGAACCUGAACCUGGUUAAAAGAACCAACAGACGAGGCAAAUUGUUUCCUGUAAAGACUGGGUAGAGAGUUUAAAGAGACAGACUUCAUUAAAUGGAUGUUUUGAUGCCUGGAGCAAAGAAAAUGCAUCAAACUUCAUGCAGUUUAAAGAGGUUAUUCCUAUAACCACAGCUGUAACAAAUUGAUGUACUCAUGUGAUCUCUGAUGACGUAUGCUCCAUUGACUAUAGCAUUUAUUACAACUUUGAAGUUAAUCCCGAUGUUUCAAUGCUGUUUUGAUGUCAAGUCCACAGAAGAAAUUGUUGAAUCCUGUCCAAGAAAUCAAACAAUGUGGAAUGAAGCAGCUACAAGAAAGAACUGUUCGUUGUUCAAUCAAAAUUGUACUUCCUCUAACCAUGAGUACCAUUGUUUAGCUAAUCACUUUCUUAAUGCCACUUAUGAGGUUUGUGCUGAGCCAGCAUUAAUAUUUAAUGGAUGGUGUGCAGAAUACAACGAAGGAGGGAAGAUAGUACAAGGAAAUUACAACACAAACUGUAAAAUCUUCAACAAAACCGCCUGUCCAUCAAGAUAUUAUUCUGAUGAAGCUUAUAAAUACCAUGAAUGUUAUGAUUUAGUUGUGAGAACCUCUCCUCAACCAUUGCCAAGAACGCCUUCUACAACAUCUGGAUAUAACACCACUCCUAUCGUUUUUCAUCCAACCGAAGGUCAAGAAAAUAAAAGACCCGUAUUGUACUGGACUUGGAUUGGUUUGGGUAUCAUAAUUCCUGCAAUUAACUUCAGUUUCCUGCUAUUGUGUCUGUUUUAUUGGGAUAGAAAAAAAAGUUCCAAAGAAAAUACCACAGUAGUAUCAGAUGAAGAAGAACAUUGCCUAUAAGAUGUAAGGCUGGAACAAAGUAGCAACAUCUGAAUAUAGAACUGUUCCAAACAGAUUCUCCUAGAAGAAGUUUAUACAGUCAUGAAAAUAUUAAGAAACGGAGAAAAAAAAGAGUCAAAGUCACACAAUAGUUAAGACUUAAAAAAACGGGAUGUGAUUUCCUUUCACCUUUUAUUGUAAUUUAACGUCUUGGAACUAUAUGUAUACUAUGGGAGAAUACCCAGUCUGACUUAAGCCAGCAGCUUCUGUUUCAAAUCGUUUUAAUAGUAGAGGCUUGAAAUAGUGAAAUAGUCGGGGCUUGUUUUAUUAAGACUUAGAAACAAUCCUGUCUGUUUAGGAAAUGUGUAAUCUGGCAUUCCUUGUCGACUAUAAUAGAUCUCAUGCCGAACUAAAUAAUGCUAUGACUAAAUGUUUUGAAAAAAUAAUUGGAAAUAGAAAUCACUAGAAGAAAUAUGUAUUGACAUUGAGCUUUGAUAUUUUUUCAUAUAGUCAUUAUCCUGUCCGUACUUCCGUUUGUUUGUCCUCAAAAUUUCAAAAAUGGUCAACUGAAAUAAGGAAUGUAUUAAGUGACAUAUUACAUAUUGAAAUAAAAAAAAAUAGAAUCAUUAUGCCUAACCCAUCCAAAGCUUGUCAAUGAUUAUAACAGCAAUUUUAAAUGACAAUUUUCGUUCAUUAUUUCAAUGAAAUUUUAUGUUAUAUAAUAUCGAAAUUUUGAUUUUUUGAUUGUUUGUAAAUAUUUUUGUCAAUCAUCUUUUUAUUUGUUUA